GCAGCGGUGAGCCAGGACACCUGCUGGAAAAUAUCGCCAAGUUUCGUGAUCGCGGCGCCCCCCGCGGGUCAUUUAACCUGGCGGUGGCCGACGCAGGGCUCAGUGCCGCAGCAACCUCCAACGACUUGACACGAAAAAUCAACGCCUCAUCUCAUCAACUCAACGCCUCAUCUCAUCAACUCAACGCCUCAGCAACUGAAAACAUCGCCAUGAAGCUGAUUAUACCGGUGAUGCUGAUGCUGGUGGGAGCCGCUGUCUCCGCCAAGGAAGCAGAAGGAGAUGCAGCCAUGGAGUCACGAGGAAUUAUUGGUGAUUACAUACAGAAGUUCAAGAAUGGAGAAUUGGAGCCAUGCAGCGGCCGUUGCUACGACGACCAGGGUAAUGUCGGCUGGUGCGAGAACGUCUGGGGCAGGUGUGGCAAACAACACGCAUUCAGAGCCACGACUGGAUAUACCGGUUGUGCGGAUCCACAUUGCAAAUGCUGCCUCUUCAAAUGAAAGCCCUCUGGAUUCCUACGAAUUCAUACUGCAAUCAAUCUGCAGGAAGCUUUGCCUCAUUAAAACUGAAUAUUUAUUUCACGUGCCUUGAUCACUUUCAUGGAUGAUGUACCCAUUUCAACUUAUGUGAUAGGUAGCGACUAUUGUUGCAUCAUAGACAAAGAAUAUAAAAACUAUUAUUUGUCACGGAUAAUUACUUGGUUGUAAUAGCCCACUAGCGAAAGCUUCUUGAUAUUAUGACGUUGCUUCACCUGGGGGAUAUUGGAGUUCAGGUUUAUUAAGGCAAUGACAAUAAUAAGCUUGUGUGAAAUUCCUCGCUUGGGAUAUGCGGGCGUUAGUGCUUUUUUCACCUUAUUAUUGUACACCGCUAACCUUAUAGCAUGAAAUAAAUUUUCAUCCUAG